UUUCAGAAAUUGGGUAGAGCCACAUUUAACCUUCUUUCGAAUUCUUGGGAGAAACAUUUUUUAUAAGUAUAUGCUUCAAUAUUCGCUUCGCUUUUGAUUGGGAAAAAGGAAAAUGGACGGAAUAGAUCCGGAAACACUCCUCGAGUGGCUCCAAACGGGUAUUGGCGAUGAACGGGAUCUUCAAUUAAUGGCUCUUGAACAACUAUGCAUGCUUCUUCUGAUGGCUGACAAUAUUGAUCGAUGCUUCGAAUCAUGCCCACCACGAACAUUUAUUCCAGCACUAUGCAAAAUUUUCAUCGAUGAAACAGCACCUGAUAAUGUGCUCGAAGUAACUGCUCGCGCAAUCACUUAUUAUCUGGACGUGUCAAAUGAAUGCACUCGUCGCAUCACACAAGUCGACGGAGCCGUGAAGGCUAUCUGCACACGUCUUGCCGCUGCAGACAUUUCAGAUAGAUCAAGUAAAGAUCUGGCUGAACAAUGUGUCAAACUAUUGGAACAUGUGUGUCAACGUGAAACAAUGGCAGUCUAUGAUGCAGGAGGAAUAAAUGCAAUGCUCACUUUAGUUAGAGUACAUGGAACACAAGUUCACAAAGACACGAUGCAUUCAGCAAUGUCAGUAGUGACACGAUUAUGUGGUAAAAUGGAACCAACUGAUCCAGAAUUGGGAAAAUGUGCAGAAAGUCUUGGAGCUCUCCUUGAACAUGAAGACCCGAAGGUGUCGGAAAGUGCUCUCAGAUGUUUCGCCGCGCUUACUGAUCGCUUUGUUCGUAAAAUGAUGGAUCCAGCAGAGCUAGCAAUGCAUAGCAAUCUUGUCGAACAUUUGAUAUCAAUUAUGGUUGCUUCAAACGACGAAAACUCUCCGACCACUGCUUCUGCCAAUAUUCUCUCAAUUGUUCUUUCUUUGAUUGGAAAUUUGUGCCGAGGUUCCAGCCUUAUUACAGAAAAAGUGCUCACAUCGCCUAACAUGAUUACUGGCCUCAAAGCUACUCUUACAAACAAAGAAGAACGAGUGGUAACAGAUGGUCUUCGAUUUUGUGAUCUUCUUUUAGUUCUUCUUUGUGAAGGACGUAGUGCUCUUCCCCUCACUUCAGUAGUAUCAGGUGAUUAUGCAGCAGGUAGUGGAGCUGAACGUGUUCAUAGACAAUUGAUUGACGCCAUCAGACAGAAAGAUUUGACUGCUUUGGUGGAUGCCAUCGAAAGUGGACAGGUUGAUGUGAAUUUUGCUGAUGAUGUUGGACAAUCACUGACUAAUUGGGCGUCUGCGUUUGGCUCGAUCGAAAUGGUACAGUAUUUGUGUGAUAAGGGGUCCGAUGUCAAUAAGGGGCACAAGAGCAGUUCUUUGCACUAUGCUGCUUGUUUUGGACGGCCGGAUGUUGUGAAAUUGCUGCUUCAGCGUGGCGCCAAUCCUGAUCUACGAGACGAAGAUGGCAAGACAGCUUUGGACAAGGCACGAGAAAGAUCUGAUGAUGAUCACAAUCAAGUCGCCAACAUUCUUGAAUCGCCUAGCGCAUUCAUGAGAAAUAAAGAAGAUCCGAAGGUGAAAGCAUCAACGUCGAAACAGCCAGGUACUUCAACGAAACCUGAGCUUCCAAAUCCAAACCUUGUUCGCAAAGUUUUGCAUCAACUUCUUCCAAUAUUCUGUGAGAUAUUCCAAAAGUCUCUCAACGGAAGUGUUCGUCGCACAUCACUGUCUCUGAUGCGAAAAAUUGUGGAAAACAUUGGAGAUCUUCGUCAAAGCGCCGUGGGAGAUGGCAAUGCUCCAGCUGCACAGUCCGCACGAAAAAUGUCUACAGAUGUGUCUGCUGGUGCUGAAUCUUUGGUAGCUGUUGUCGUUUCUGUAAUGGAUCAAGAAGAUGAUCAUGAGGGUCACGAACAAGUGCUUCUUAUUCUGGAAUCUCUUUUGGAAAAAGAUGCCGAACUCUGGGUUAUUGAAUUGGUGCGACUUGGUGUGUUUGAACGUGUCGAGGCGAUGGCAAAAGAGCCACCAAAGGGAUUGGAGGAAGUUUUGAAUGCAAUUCAUUUGGAGGGAAGAUCUAGAGUUACACCCAUGGAAAUUGACUUUGAGAAUCAACCCUCGUCAUCAACAGCUGUUCCUACGGCGAACGACAUCAUGGAUACCACUGUUCCAUCUUCUUCUGGUGGAGCCGACGCUGAAUCAAACUCGAAUCCUUCUACAAUUGAGAUGGCUGAUCCAGAAUCAUCAACUCCUUCGUCAUCCACACAGCAAUCUAUUUCUAAACCAAAAGCAACAGCCAGUUCAACAGCAUCUUCAGCUAUUCUUCAAGUGGUAUCCAAAUUGAGUAGUGUUGCCAGUCUCGAUAAAUCAGCUGCCGCAGUUGAUAAGAAACCAACAAAGACAGUAUUGAGCCAGGGAACACCUUAUCGUUGGAAAGAAUGGCGUAUCGUACGCGGAACCACAUCUCUAUUCAUCUGGAGUGAUGUCCUGCUCAUUGAGUUACCAUUCCAAUCUAAUGGAUGGUUCCGUUAUUUAGCCGAUAAUGACUCACAUGUACAGUUCGUCACUGGUACUGCAAGUGUUGAUCAGCAAAUGACCGAGGAAGAAAAGGAUAAUUUCCAAAAAACCGAACGACGCGAAAUGGUUUCCCGUUGGAAUGCAGUAAAAGGAGUUUUCGAUGACGAUUGGUCUUCUGUUCCAAUUGCUGUUCUCGGAAUUCCCAGUAACGCUAAGAAGGUCAGUCAGAAGCUUGAAGUUCCGGCCUGGGAGCUAUGGUCCUCCAAAUCUUCUGAACUCCAAAUUAAAUCCAUUUCUUCAUCGGCACCAACAGGACAAGCGAACACUAUGCUGACAACAAUUAAAAUUCAGGACGAUGCUGGUGGUUUCCUUUUCGAAACUGGAACUGGACGAAAAACGAAUGUUAUGCCAGAGCAUGCAUUACCAUCGGAUUUCCAUACUGGAUGGAGUUCACACGGAGUAUCAACCCGAAAAAUGAAGUUCCGUCAAGAUAUUCAGAAGCGUAAAGUUCAAGAAUUGGCCUGGAAAUUGUGGAACGAUCAUCUGAAAGAGGCCCAUGCGAAGCCGAGAGAGGCACUUGUUAGAUUGGAGAAUGCAGCACGUACCAUAGAGAGCACUAUUCGACACGUUAAAGCUCAGAGCAACUUCAAACAUCGGAAUGUGAAGCAACCAAGAAUUGAAAGAGUACAAGAAUAUUGUGCUGCCAUCAGUACACUUCAUGAGUCAAUCGUUGAUGAUCGUCGUUUGUCUACAUUCGAAUUUUCUGUUUCGGGAAUUGUGCCUGCGCUUUUUGGCCUUUUAUCAAUGAUGGAAAAGUUUCCAGACAGUUUCCCAUCAAGGAUCUUCAAGGAACAAUUCUCAAAAGGAGAAGCACUUUCAUAUCUUGCACUGAAAAUAGUUGCUGUUUUGGAAGCGAAUGAAAAGUUCCCACAGCAUUUAUACGAUAGUCCUGGAGGUUCUUCCUUCGGCCUUCAACUUCUGUCUCGUCGUGUGCGCACAAAACUCGAAAUGCUUCCACGUGCUGAUGGAAAGGAGAAUAACGACGAAAAUCUUGUGAACAAGACAGGAAAGAUAGUAAAGUGCGAACCUCUUGCAUCUGUGGGAGCCAUCAGAGCGUAUCUUCAUAGAAUGGUUACUCGACAGUGGCAUGAUCGUGAACGAGCCAAUUAUAGAUAUGUCAAAGAGAUUCAAGAGUUGAAGACAAAAGGAAAAUCUAUUGAAUUGAGACAUGUUUCUGACUUUGAUGAGAAUGGUGUUAUUUAUUGGAUCGGAACAAAUGGAAGAGCUGCACCACUAUGGACAAAUCCAGCAACCGUAAAAGCAGUUAAAAUCACUUGUUCGGAUACUCGCCAACCAUUCGGUAAACCUGAAGAUCUUCUGUCACGUGAUCAAAAUCCUAUCAAUUGUCAUACUUCCGAUGAUAAAAAUGCUCAUUUCACAAUUGAUUUGGGUCUGUUCGUUGUUCCAACUUCUUAUUCUCUUCGUCACUCGCGUGGAUAUGGAAGAUCUGCUCUGCGUAAUUGGAUGCUUCAAGGAUCUGUUGAUGCAAAGCGAUGGGAAAAUGUGAUUGUUCACACUGACGAUAAAGGACUCGGAGAACCAGGAUCUACUGCUACUUGGCAUGUUGGUGAAAAGGGAACAACCGCAUUCAGAUUCUUCAGAAUUGCUCAAAACGGAAAGAACUCUUCGGGUCAAACACAUUACUUGUCUUGUUCCGGAUUCGAGAUUUACGGAGACAUCGUUGAUGUGGUAACAGAAGCCAUUUGCGAAGACCCACCGAAAAAGGAUUCACCAGCCGGUACGUCGUCAACUCCUGGAUCCUCAUCAUCAGCCGCAUUACCUCCACUCACAAAAGAACAAGUGCUUGAAAUGCUUCCAGCUCGUGAGAACAACAAUCGUCUUAAAUCAGGACUAUCGCUGGAGACUGUCACUUCAAUGCUGCAGAGGUCCCGUCAUCGUUCAAGAGGAUCGUACAAAAUAAGCGAGUCGAAGUCAAAAGUUGUACGUGGAAAAGACUGGAGAUGGGAAGAUCAGGAUGGCGGAGAAGGAAAAUUCGGUCGUAUCACUAGUCCGCCAGAAAGUGGCUGGGUUGAUGUGACAUGGGACAAUGGAAACGCCAAUUCAUAUCGAUUCGGAGCCAAUGGAAACUUCGACAUUGAGCGCGUUACCAGCACUGGACAUCGUUAUUCAACACCAUCGCUAGCUUCACAUGUUCCAACUUCGGUUAUGGAGGCAGUUCGACGAAAUCGUGCUUUCUACACUCCAAAAACAACUGGCGGUCCACCAUCAUCAUCCGUUUUUGGCACUUCAUCAUCAGCUGGAUCUUCUCGUGGAGCUGCUUCUGCUCUCUCGCGAUUUGCAUCAGUGAAAAACACUACUCCAGCUGGAACUCCAUCAUCGGGAGGAUCGUCUGGAGGUGCAAUCGGAAAGAAAUCAAUGUCAACCACAAAUCUCGUCGAUGAGCGACAGAAGACAUCUGGACCAUCCGUUGCUUCAACAGGUCAAGCAGCUUCUGCUGAAUCUCUUCAACAUCAAACUCCUUCUCUGGAGAAUCUUCUUGCAAGGGCCAUGCCACACGCAUUUGGACGUAUCGCAGAGAAUCAAGAACCCGAAGAUGAACCAAUGGGUGGAGAAGAGAGUGAUUCGGCUGCAAGCAUGAGAUCAGCAGCAUCGUCAAAUUCACAAAUGUCUAUGGGAUCAUCUUCUCAACAACAACAACAACAAGAUUCAGACAUGACUCCAAGGGACUCUGCGGGAACUCCUUCUACUCCUCGUGAUGAUAAGAACCAAACACUCUCCGUUUCUGCACCUGAUCUUGCUGCAGCACGGCAACGACAAGCUUCAGCCGAAACAGACGGAGACGCAGAUGCGGAUGAGACAAACUCUGAAGAUAAAACUGUUGGUGCUGAUGAUGCAAUGGAAGAAGACGACGAAGAGGAGGAAACAAUGGAGGACGAGGAAGAUGAUGAUGACGACGAUGAUGAUGAAAGCUCCAACGAAAACCAAGAAAAGCUAGUCGAAUUGCUAGGUGGAGAACGUGGCUUGUUUGAUAAACUUAAAGAAGUCAUCACCGGAGAAUCAUUAUCGGACGCUUCGUCGUCUGCCAAAGACGCUACCACCAAUGAAGCUCAGAAGAAGGGAGGCAAAAAACCUAAAAAGUGGUUCAAAAAGAUGUCCAGCUACACGGAUGUUCUUAAAGGUUUAAUGCAAAAUCGUUAUCCUGUCGCUCUUCUCGAUCCAGCUGCUGCCGGUAUUGAAAUGGAUGAAAUGAUGGAUGAUGAUGACUACUAUGAUUUCUCGGAAGAUGGUCCAGAUGAUGGUGAUUCAGUUGAAGAUGAAGUUGCUGCUCACCUUGGAAUGCCUGUUGACUCAUUUGCAUCAAUGGUUGCUGCCAGAACCCCAAUAACAUGGCGUCAAUUUUCUGAAUUAAUGAGUGGUUCUAAUCGCGAACGUGCUGCUAUGGCAAGAGCUGUAGCAUCGAGUCGAGGAUCCCCAUGGGAAGAUGAUGCAACUGUCAAGUGUACAUUCGAAGCCCUUAUUCCAGCAUUCGAUCCACGCCCAGGUCGUUCAAAUGUGAAUCAAACUUUAGAAGUCGAACUUCCAACCGUCGUAAAAGAUUUCGGUUCUACCAAGGCUUCUUCUUCAAAGAUUGACAAAGAUGAUCAAAUGCGCUUCUUCCUUCGUGGACCAAACAUGUCAGGUGUCGAUAAUGUGACCAUCGAGAUGAAUGAUGAUUCAGCAUCCCUGUUCCGAUACAUGCAAAUCAUUAACAACAGUGUCAAUUGGGCUACAAAAAGUGAUCGAUCUCGCCGGAUCUGGGAGCCUACGUACUCAAUCUGUUACUGCUCUGCCGAUCAAACAAAUGUCGAAGUCUCCAAAAUUCCUGAUGAGGAAAGUAGUACACCAUGUCAAGUAAAUCAAUGUCUUGAAACCAUCGGAUUGCUUUCAAGAAUUCAACAGGCAAUGCCAGAAGCAGAGAUAACUCCAAAUGUGUUUAUCAGUGAUAAACUGACGUUGAAAGUAACUCAAGUUCUCUCUGAUGCUCUCGUUGUCGCAGCACGUUCUCUUCCUGAAUGGUGCUCUCGUUUAGUCUAUAAAUAUCCAUGUCUGUUCACUGUGGAGACAAGAAACAUGUACAUGCAGGCUACUGCAUUCGGCGUGUCUCGUACAAUCGUGUGGCUCCAACAACGUCGUGAUGCUGCUGUCGAACGUGCCCGCGGAAGUGCUCAAGCUGGAAACAGUAGCGCUGCCCGGCAACAUGAUCGUUAUCACGAAUAUCGGGUAGGGCGUCUUCGCCAUGAACGAGUUAAAGUGACUCGAGCUGAAGAGACGCUUCUCGAUCAAGCGAUCCGAUUAAUGAAGUUCCAUGCUGAUCGUAAGGCGGUGCUAGAGAUCGAAUACACCAAUGAAGAAGGAACAGGAUUGGGACCAACUCUUGAGUUCUAUGCAUUGGUUGCUGCAGAGUUGCAACGAAAGUCAUUGGCGUUGUGGGUUUGUGAUGAUGAUGAUACACAUGCAUCAAAGAGUGGAGAAGAAAGAGAAGUCGAUCUCGGUGAAGGAAAGAAGCCAAUUGGAUACUACGUUCGUCGCGUUGGUGGUCUCUUCCCAGCACCACUUCCACCAGGAACCGAUGAAACAAAGAGAGCAGCAGAUAUGUUCCGUGUUCUCGGAGUAUUUCUUGCUAAAGUUCUUCUCGAUGGUCGUCUUGUUGAUCUACCACUAUCCCGUCCAUUCCUCAAGUUACUCGUCCAUCCUCAGAUUGGAGAUGAUGCUCGUGGACCAAACUUGCACAAGAUUCUCAGCCUAGACGAUUUCGAAGAAGUGAAUCCAGUAAAAGGAAGUUUCCUUAAAGAGUUGCGAGCUCUUGCUCAGCGUAAGCGACUGAUCGAGAACGACACGAGCAUCGAUUCGAAUUCCAAGAGAAGAAAAAUUGCGGAGCUCAAGUUACACAUUAAGGGAUCCACAUGCAGAGUUGAAGAUCUUGCACUUAAUUUCACUGUCAAUCCGCCAUCAAAAGUGUUCCAAUAUGCCGAAAUGGAGUUGGUUGACGGUGGAUCCGACAUCGAUGUUACAAUCGACAACGUGGAGCAAUAUGUGGAGAAAUGUGAAGAAUUCUAUUUGAACACAGGAAUAGCCUACCAGAUGCGUGCUUUCCGUGAUGGAUUCGAUCGCGUUUUUCCACUUAGAACUCUCAGAGCAUACUCUCCAGAAGAAGUUCAGCGUCUUUUGUCCGGUGAACAGUGCCCAGAAUGGUCUCGGGACGAUAUUCUAAAUUAUACGGAGCCAAAACUUGGAUACACUCGAGAAUCUCCUGGUUUCUUGAGAUUUGUCGAUGUAAUGGAAGCAUUGACAGCUCAAGAACGAAAGAAUUUCCUUCAAUUCGCCACAGGAUGUUCGAGCUUGCCACCAGGUGGUCUUGCUAAUCUUCAUCCAAGGUUGACAAUUGUGCGAAAAGUGGAAAGUGGAGACGGCAGCUAUCCAUCGGUUAAUACAUGUGUGCAUUAUCUCAAACUCCCGGAGUACUCCUCGUCUGCAAUCCUCCGCGAACGGCUUCUCACGGCAAUCAACGAGAAAGGAUUCCAUUUGAAUUAAAUUCUUGAUAACCUUAUCACUAUAUCAAUUCAAUUGCUAUUUUUGUACAAAUAGGUUUUUAGUGCUCUUGAUCCAACUUUUCUCUUUCCCUUCUUUCUCCUCAUCUCAUCUCCAACAUUUCUUUUUCCACCACUUCCUGCGUUGUGUUUUUCUCUUGUCUUUAACUAUUUGUUCAAUACUUUUUUCGGGACUUAUUAUCCAAAUCGUUUGCAAUUUUCUCAAUUAUUGGUAGAGAAUUAUUGUACGGUCGUGGCGCCUUCAUACUCCUCUACAGUAUUCCUUGGCCCCGUAAAAUCUAGCAUUUUUACACGAACGUCAAUACCCAACUUGUUUCAGCUAUUUUCGCUGAAAUUUCUUUUUACAAUUACAUUUCAAUUGGUACCCCUUCUUCCCCUCCCCCACCCCCUCCUCAAAUUAUUGGUUUAUUUGCCCCUCGCUGUUUCUCCUCUCCGGAAAACUGUUCCUUGUUUUAGUAUAUUUUUUGGCGAAAAUAAAGAAUGAAAUUGUGAAU